AUGGAAGCUUCAAAAAAUCUUCAGACACCCCCAAACUUCAUGAAGGACGAUAAUGUGAGCCAAGAAUGUAAGAAUGUGAUCUCUUGUCUACCUUCAGAGAAAGAUUUCAUGGGGAAAAACAUCUGCAAUUACCAAGGAUCUUGGUACUAUCCCAACACAGUCCAAGCAAUCCUAAACUUCCAAAAGCAUUUCCGACCACGAGAUACCGAUGUCAUCCUAGCUUCUUUCACCAAAUCAGGCACCACCUGGCUCAAGGCUCUCGCUUUCUCCGUCCUUCAUAGGGACAAGUACGCAGCUAAUCUCGGAUCACAUCCUCUCCUCUCGGACAAUCCCCACAACCUCGUUCGGUUUCUUGAGAUGGACUUAUAUGAUAACAAUCAACGUCCUGACCUCAAAGACCUUCCUUCACCUCGGCUCUUUGCAACCCACAGGCCGUUUCAAACGCUUCAUGACUCUCUAAGAGACUCUCCUUGCAAGGUGGUUUACGUGUGUAGGAACAUAAAAGAUGUGUUGGUCUCUCGUUGGCAUUUCAGGAGCAAGCUUGUUAGCAAAGAGCUGUAUAGUAACAACUCGCUUGAAUAUAUGUUUGACGAGUUUAUCACAGGGGCUUACUUGUUCGGACCGUUUCCUGAUCAAGUCUUGAGCUAUUGGAAAGCGAGCUUGGUGGCGAAAGAGAUAGUUGAAGCUUUUGUUUGUUUUGAGUUUUUCAUUUUGCAUUUGAUGGCGGUCUUCGUCUCCAUUCACCGUCCUUAUGCAACCCUCUUGAUCUCUGAAAACCCGAAUCCUCCUAAACUUUACCAGAAUCUCAGCAAUUGUCGCCUGAGUUGUCAUCGUCUCCCUCGGAAAACCAAGCAGCAGCUCCGUUGCUUAUCUGCGAAAUCGACGCCUUCGAAUCCAGACCCUGAAUCUCCUCAAGGUCGCUCUUUCUCUAUCUUCAAUUUGGGUUUCUUUCUCUGUCUUCAAUUUGGGUUUAUCUUAACUUGCGCGAUGCAACUAUUUGGUUGGGGUUCAGAUGGGGAAGAGCUGGAGAGUGUGGGAGUCAAAGCAGCUCUAGCGAUGCUGAGAUUCUACAAGAGGGAGAUAUCGCCGGUGUUACCUAGAAGCUGCCGUUACGUUCCGACUUGCAGCGAAUACUCAAUGGAAGCUUACAAGAAAUAUGGAGUUCUUAAAGGCACUGUUCUUACCACUUGGCGUCUCUGUCGCUGCAACCCUCUUGGUAGUUCUGGAUUCGAUCCUCCGAUAUGGUUUGGUGAGAGUAGGAUUAAGCCCCAAGAAGACGUAGAAGAAAAAGAAGAUAACUAUGGCGUUGAGGAUUAA